AUGGGCAAAGAGGCCAAUAACCAAACCAAGUUUAUGGAAUGGUACCUCAAUAACUGGUCGGAAUAUAAACUUAUUUUCACAGAUGGAUCCAAAGAUAAACAAGGUAAUGUAGGUAUUGGGAUAUACCUUAACGAGAGAACACAGUUAACAGCAAGAUUACCAUCCGCUAAUUCAAUUUGCUCAGCAGAAGUAUUUGCCAUUAAAAAAGCAUUGGAGUUAAUCCAACAGAAUAAUUUUACAAAGUGCCUCAUCUGUAGUGAUUCUAAGAGUGCUCUAGAAAAAAUCACAAAACCAAUAAGCUACAAGGCGGCAAUAGACUCAAAAACUCUCCAACUAAAGAAAAAACUAUGUGAAUUUGAUGAACAACAUAGAGAAAUUAAAUUUGCAUGGAUUCCAAGUCACACUGGAAUUAUUGGGAAUGAUAGAGCUGACCAUCUUGCGAAUCUUGGAAGAAAGCUGCCUAUUAGUGAAGAACCAAAGGCCCCUUUUAAAGAUUUUCAAAUUAAAUAUAAAGAAAACUUAUGGAUUGAAAAAUAG